AUGUCCAUUGACCUCGACUGGAGCCUGGUAGACGCCACCCUCACCCAGUCGGCCACCGCUUUCCUCGCCAACGCGUUUGACGCCGCUCCUCGUCCCGACUUUCUCGGCCCGCUCAGCGUCACGACGUUCUCGUUCGGCGAUACGGAGCCGCAGAUCGAGCUACUGGACAUACGAGAUGUGCAGAAGGAGUUUCUUGCGGCGGAAGAUGGCGACGAGGAUGAGCUGGUCGCGCCGAGGCCGGGAGGACUUGCAGGACAAAGAACUGCUACGGCGGAUGCUGGAAGGGCGUUCAACGGGUCGGGAGUCUCGCCGUCAGAGUCGCCAGACGAGCUCUUCCCACGAAGACCGUUCCCGUUCUCGCCGACAGGAUCUGUCACGGGCGUCCUUCCUACUCCUCAACCUCCUUCCGCCGCACUAUUCGCCCCCGGCUUGCACAGUCAUUCCAUCCCUUCCGCCGCAGCGACACCUUUCGGCCCGAGGUCACGAAGCCGAUCCCACUCGCCUGCUCCGCCUCUACGAGCAAACCUCUUUCUCCCCGAUCCUCCGUCCUUGGGACUCGCUGGAGCCGGUCUUCAUACAGGCGGAGGCCAUUCUCGUUCGCAUUCUCAGCAAACCCACCCUCACUCGUACGCCCCACCAUCGCCGACCCCCUCGCAUUCAUCCCUUCCCUAUCAACCCGCCGCUUCGUCUGCUCCCUCUCCAUCUUUCCAACUCCACCUCCGCGUCUCCUACUCCGGCAACCUCUCUCUCGGUAUCUCGACUUCCCUCCUGAUCAACUACCCCUCGCCAGGCUUCAUGAGCCUACCGCUCGAAUUGACCGUCACCGGACUGGCGUUCGAGGGCGUUCUCAUCGUCGCUUUCGAAGGCGGUCGACGGCGUCUUCACCUCUCGCUCGUCGAAGCAGCCGACUCAGAUCCGGCUAUCACGCCCGGUCGGAGGCCCAGCGGCACCUUCAGCCGACCAGCAGGACUCGGACCAAAUGCCGCAGGGCUCAAGCCAGUCGCCAGCGUAGGCGCCCGCAUCCUCCGCUCGGCGCAGGUUGAGAGCGAAGUCGGGCAGGCCGACAAGCAUGUCCUGAAGAACGUGGGCAAGGUGGAGAAGUUUGUGCUGGAGGUCGCGAGGAAGACGCUCGAGAACGAGUUGGUGUUCCCAAACUUCCAGUCCGUCCUGUACUAG